AUGAGUGGUAAUGGAAGUAGUGGCAGUAACGAUAUGCCAAUUUAUGGGUAUAGAAAUAAGGGUAGCCCUAAAGCACCAAAAUUAUCACAAACUGAAUUUGAUGAUGACGAUGUUGGGAUCGAUAAUUCUACAGAAAAGUUGCAUUUAGAUACAGAUAUAGCAAUUUCGAAAGAUAAUCCACAUACUCCAUUGAUGAUACAGAUUCCUGCAUUUGAUAAUAUUCAAACUUUACCAACUCCGAUGACAUAUACUCCUUCGAAUUCAAGUUCAACGACAAGGUCGCCUGUUAAUACUAUACAUGUUGCUAAGAGGCGGAGGGAUCCUGCUAUAUCAAGGAAGCUUAAUGACAUUUCCAAUUUGCAUCAACAGAGAGUCAUUUCGGAAUUACCUCCCUUACCCUUGGGUCAAUCUCAGAGAAUAGUGUCAUUGCCAACAGUGAAUGAAGAACAGCUCCCUGGCGAUUCAAAUAAACUUGGUCAAAAAAUAGUAGGGAAACCUCAUGAUAUAAAAGAAGAUUCAGAUGUAUUGGAAGGGUACUUAUUGCCCAAUAUGGAUGGCCCUUAUCACUGGAGAAUUGUUAGAGAAAUUGGUGCAGGAAAUUUCAGUACUGUUUAUCUUUAUGAAUUAAUAGAUGAUAGAAUAUCUGAUACCAAUUUAAGAUAUGUUGCAGUUAAGAGGAUUAAAUACCCCCAAGAGAUGUUAAGGGGUGCCUCUGAGGAUAACCCUUCUUAUAAGGACACUCUAUCUAGGUUUGAAAGUUCUUUGACAAGAGAAUUAAGUGUACUACAAUCCCUAAAUCAUCCAUGUAUAAUCAAACUUUUAGGUGUGAACGAUCCUGUUUUCGUCAAACGCAAGAGACCCUUGAAUGAUUUGUUAGCUCAGAGUCCGACUCUUCCGCCUUGCAAUAUCAUUACUUCUUAUUGCUCAGGAGGAGAUCUUCUUGCAGCAGCAAUGCAAUUCGCUGGCAAAUUAGAUAACUGGCUAAUACAACGUAUAUUUUCUGAAGUUACUUUAGCGGUUAAAUAUCUUCAUGAGAAUGAUGUCAUUCAUAGAGAUUUGAAAUUAGAAAAUAUUCUUCUGAAAUACCCCAUUGAAUACAUAAUUAGAGAAGGGAAUAAUGCAUCACUUUGGAAUCAAAAUAUAAUUGAGCUAGCAGAUUUUGGUUUAUGUAAGAAAAUUGAACCUGAUGAAAUGUGUACUGCAAGAUGUGGUUCUGAAGAUUAUGUUUCGCCAGAGAUUCUGAUGGGUGUUCCAUAUGACGGUAAAUUAAGUGACACAUGGGCAUUAGGUGUUAUAUUAUAUGCUUUGCUAGAAGAUAGGUUGCCAUUUGACCCACCUCCAAACGCAAUGGCAAGACAAAGAAACAGAUCAACAUCUCACCGUAUUGCUAGAUUUGAAUGGAAAUGGAAUAAAAUGAAUGAUAUUGAAUCAGAUGCAAAGGAAAUUGUAACAAAUUCAUUAACGAGGAAAAGCUCGAGAUGGAAUAUUGAACAAAUAUACGAAUCAAAGUAUGUACAGGAAAUAAUAUCAAACUUGAAUAUCAACCUCAACUAA